AGACUUUAAAAGCUUUUAAAUUUUUUUAUUCGUUGUUUCAACAGAGGAGGGAGAUUGCUCAGAAGGAAGGGGAAAAAAAAGGGGAGAGAGAUGGGUGGAGCCCAGGCGAUGAAGAGAAUCCCUCGCAUCAAGUUUCCUCAGAGACAUCCCAAACCCUCUGGUUCCGAAUCUCGCAUUCAAGCAGAACCUUUGGCUGGUGAUGCUUCUCAUACUUUCUUCUCCGGUUCAAAGGCCUCAACCACCACCACCUUAGGAGGAAAAGCUUCUCUUCAACCCGAACGAACACCAGUGUCCAAAGAGGAGAUUGAGGCCAUUUUGUUGGGUGGCUGCAUCUGAUCCUGUGUGGAGAUUGAAGUACAGAGGACUAUGUGUUGGACAAUAUUUUGACCCUUUUUAAGCACCUGGAAGUAUCCAGAGUUGACUUCUUUCUAUUGUUUAAAGAAUAACCUACUAGCUGAAAUUCAUAAUGAUAGACAACACUUUGAACAAUAAAGAUGUGAUAUUGAUUGGCAUCCUUAUGACAUGUUUUCUCUUGUAGUCUUGUUCAUGCAAUUUACAACA